AUGCACUUGCUCCGUAGAGUUUCUUUGAAAGCAGCUCGAUCAAUUCCUGCAACUCAAUCUCGCGCCAUGCGUCUGCCAUACGCCCCCUCCACUCCGCCCGCUGAUGCGCCCGCCGACACAGCGGACAUUUAUGCCCGCAUCGCAGCGCGCAGGAAUCCUCGUCCCUUGAUUCCGCUUGAUCUUUCUCUGCUUCACAGCCCACCGGUGGCCGAUGGCUGGAAUAGCUUCAUCGGCGCCAUCCGCUCCCGCACUCUGGUCGACUCCGGGGUCAUGGAGUUGGCCGUUUGCCGAGUUGCUGUGCUUAACAAUGCAAUCUACGAGUGGAACGCCCAUGCGCCAUUGGCAUUGAAGGGUGGAAUCAAGCCCGAGCAAUUGCACGCUGCUCGGAUCCUGCCAUCUACUGCAGAAGGCGAUGUUGCGGAACUGGAGAAGAGCGCACUCACCCCGCAACAGCGUGCUGUCCUUCGCUACACCGAUCAGAUGACUCGCACCAUCACCGUGCAGGAUGAUGUUUUUGCCGAGUUGAAGACGGUGGGAUAUGAUGACCGGGAGAUUGUGGAGCUCACCACUGGUAUUGCCGGAUACAACUGUGUGAGCCGGUUCUUGGUUGCGCUGGACGUCGGCGAGAACAACGACCGUGAAAUGAAGAGUGUCGAGGAGCUUGUCGCUGCUUUACAAUAG